AUGACUUGGCGACAAGUCCUUCUCCUGUUCUGCCUCUUGGCCGUGGUGCUCCUGUCUAUGCUGCGGGAGGGGACCAGUGCAUCAGUGGGCAGCCCUCAGGAAGCGGGAGAUGAAGCCCAGGAAGGUGUGAAACCGAAGAUUUUCAUGCAGGAAUCAGAUGCCUCAAAUUUCCUCAAGAGGCGCAGCAAGCGGUCCCCCAAAUCCCGAGAUGAGGUCAAUGUGAAAAACAGGCAGAAGUUGCGGGCCGAUGAGCUGCGGAGAGAAUAUUACGAGGAACAAAGGAACAAAUUUGAGAACUUUGUGGAGGAACAGAAGGAUGAGCAGGAAGAGAGGAGCCGGGAGGCCGUGGAGCAGUGGCGGCAGUGGCAUUAUGAUGGGCUGUACCCUUCCUAUCUCUACAACCACCACCGCAUCUGACCCCAUCCUGAAGCAACCCAGGAAGACAGAGCAUGAAACAUAGCUGCUCACCUGGGUGUACCAGCACCUCUUUCCACACAAAUGCCCUAAUAGGGACCUCAGCUUAGGGUGCGCUGUGGUCAACAACCCUGGUAAAUACACAUG